AUGUUCGACCAGAUUGUCAGAUAUCUUCGUAAAAGACGAUCACGCCGCCAUGUGCAUGGCCUGCCUGCCGCCGCACCUGAACAGCUCGGUGCCGUGUCCGUCGAGGAGGAUGCAUCAACUAGGGAUGCUCCUGAAUCCAAGCAGGAACUUACACAGUACUCGGCUAGCCAGAACACAAUCAUGGACCCCUUCGCCCUGAGAGGGAUGCCGAAUCGCUUCGCUUUAAUCAACACGCUCCCCGACGAGCUCCUGGUCCACAUCCUCCUCUUCAUUCGUAUCUGGCCCCAAUGGUCGAGGAAAGGAUUUGACCCCGUACGCUACAUGCAGGUCUGCCGUCACUGGUGCACCGUCAUCCUCGACCACGGGCACUUCUGGGAUACCAUAGUCGUUCACAAGCGAACAGAACGUUUACUUCUGAGCCUAUCUCGUUCUCAUCAGGUCCUAUUGCAUUUGACCUUUGAAGAUUUACCGACCCUGGCUAGCGUGCUGCUGCAUGUUGUGCCCUGUCGUGGCCGGAUAAAAUCCCUGGUUCUCGGAUAUGGGUCGAGAGAUGAACUGGCAGCCUUGUCCCCCUUGAUCGACGGCGUCUUUCCUUCCCUCGCCAAGCUCGUGAUCAAGGAUCAUGGUAUUCAGAUACCUUUCCCAGCCCCGGCGGUAGACCAGAUACUCUUCCUCCCCGCAAAUUGUCCCCAGCUGGCACAUCUUGAACUGGCUCGCAUCCGAGUUCAGUUGACAGGAUCUCUCUUGCGCGGCCUCACAACCCUCUCGCUCACACAUUGCACCCUGGGGCUCCCCAAAAUUACCGCCGACGCAUUCCUAGAUACCCUUGAAUCCGCUCAAUGCAUCGAAAAUCUCAACCUCGAUCGUUACGUGAGCGCGGCCUGCUCGCAACUCCCCUCUCCUUCCAGACAUUCAUUUUCACUCCCUCGGCUGCGCAACCUCGACUUCUCCGAUGACGUGCAAUGGGUGCGACAGUUCAUAACUUUCGUGCGCUUGCCCCCUCGUGGUUGCGUCUAUCUAUGUGGGUGGCUCAGCAGUGACGAACUCAAUGAUGCCGUUAUCCAUCAUUGGAAACUCCUACUCCCCCUUCAACUCCAUGGAAGUGCCCUCUUAGGCGCUACGGACUCUCUGUCUAUCCGCAGGACGUUCAAGUACGGCGAGGAUACCUUUCAUUGCACUGGAGGGCCGUUGGAUGUGAAACUCUCCCUAGUGUCCGCCACUCUCCGGGAUUGGGGUCGCACCAUUGUUCCCGCGACCACGAUACUCCCAGCUCUCGCAGAUCUCCUCAGUCCAUCUGCACUGAAAACGCUCAGUCUCAGCAUCAACAUCCAAGCUACCUCUCGCGCCAUCUUCGACAACCUGUUUGACUCAGUCCCGCACCUCACAUCCUUGCAUGUAACGACCCCAUACGGGGAAGACACGCACCUGCUCGAGCCGCACUUGCUAGAGUCCUUGGCCAGCGGCCCAAGCGAAGAUGCGGUUGCUCACGACGCGGGCAGCGACUCGGCGCCGCAGCGGGUUCGCGUUCGCUGCCCGGCGCUCGAACACCUCGCUCUCGGCGGCUUCAGCUGGGACGGCGGAGUUAUCAUGGCCGCGCUCGUGGACUGCCUGCGUACGCGCACAACGCUUGGGGCAGAGCCGCUGCAGCGCCUGGGCGUCUCUGUGAAGCCGGGUCGUACCUACGGGGAGGGCUGGAUGGACGCGCACUACGCUGCGCAGCUGCGGGAGAUGGUGGCGAAGUACCAGUUCAACCGCGGUGAGUAA